GUUCCGGAUUAAACAGUCGAGCUUGUUGUGUUUUCAAAUAAUACGGGUCAAUCGAUGAUUAGCCGCACUACUUAACUACAUAUUAUACAAGCUGCAUGCGUGCCCUAUGAAUCAGGGCAACAUGUUUUCAAUCUCGAAUCGCUUGCGAUUGCCCUUAUUUACGGGACUAGUUUACAUCCUGAUCUGGGGAUUUUUGUUAAGCUGCGAGGCCAGGAGCAUUGGGGAUGAAUCCCGAGAAAAUACGAUUACAGAUGACACGACGGAGUUCCUUAGAUCCUACGGCGCACUGAUGAAGUCCUAUAUGAACAUGAGCGUCGAUCCCUGUGAGGAUUUCUACGAGUACGCCUGCGGAAACUGGAAGAAUGUUAAGCCACCGCAGCGAACAACCAACAAGCGGAGCAAUCUCCUGGACAUUAUCUAUACACUGACCGCGGUGACGGAGGAGCUGAUGACCAGGACGCAACUGGCAGAGGCACUCAAUGUGUCUGCCGAACUCCUUGUUGCGCAAAGAUUCUAUAAUUCCUGCCUCGCGGCUGAGGUAUUUCCGCUUCCGUCCGCCGAUCCCGCUUAUCUAUCGCUUAUCAGGUCGAUUGGUGGAUUCCCCGCCGUCGAUGGGGAUGCUUGGAACGCGUCCAGGUUCAGUUGGUUCAACAUGAGUGCUCAUCUCACCAACUAUGGGGCCCAUGGACUGAUCCUCGACAGGAUUAUGCCGCAGUAUCCCUUCCAGCCGUAUUUUAAGCUCCCAGAACUGGGCUUCGACUCCAACGUUCACACGGAUAACAUCGCCAACAAAAGUUCAAGGGCCUACGAGAUGAACGAGAAGCGGAUGCACAAUUACCUGAAGGCCUUCAAUCUCACAGAGGAUAAAAUCGAAUCCGUGAUCUCUGGCGUCUUUGACUUUUGGCGCGAAGCGCUCACUAUUGAAGAUAUGUUUGGAGGUGAUAAUAAUAGGUGUGAGGCCUUGACCGAACUUAAAAAUGUGACUGAAUUUGACCAAUGGAGGAACUACUACGAGAUCGCUUGGGAUGGCAAGGACUUCUAUAACGGUUCGGCUUAUGGUGAAUUUUGUGACUUUUACUACACGGAGCUGGACAAGGUGUGCGCCAAGCACCAGGAGGCAGUGGCCAACUAUCUAGCCAUGGUGCUCCUCUACCGCAUGGACGCCAAGCUGAAGGACAAGGAGUACCAGAAGGAUCACUGUCUGCUGCUCGUCCAGAGCACGAUGUCCCAUCUCUUCAACAAGCUCUACAUGGCGGAACAUUUUAGCGAGGACACCCAUUCCGAGAUCUCUGCCAUGGUGACGGAACUGCGAAAGUCCCAGCGUCAGGUGCUCGAGAACGUCGAGUGGCUAGACACGGAGACGCGACGAGAGGCUCUGCUCAAGGAGUCCACCAUUACACCGGUGAUUGGCAGCUAUAAGGACGAGGAGCUCACCGACCUCCUGAUCCGUCAGAUCGGGAAUCUGUCCCUGGCUGAGGAUAACUACGCCCAGAACAUUAUCAACUUGCGUAGGUUGGGUACCACUCUAUGGCGCCACAAGGGCCUGCACUUCGAAGAGAUUUCCACAGAUGCGAAGCCGCUGGAACUGCUUAAUGGGAUGCAGGUGAAUGCCUUCUACUACAACUUGGACAACUCGAUCUAUGUAAUGGCUGGUAUACUACAUCCGCCUGCGUAUCACCGUUCGUGGCCCGACUCCCUCAAGUUUGGCACCCUGGGCUACCUUGUAGGCCAUGAGUUGACCCACGGCUUCGAUACUGUGGGCUCCACUUUUGACAGCAAUGGUGAGAUGCGCAAUUGGUGGUCCAGGAAAUCGGAGGGAGUCUUCCAGGAACGGGCCAAAUGCUAUGUGGACCAUUUUAACAACUACUUGAUACCGGAGAUCAAUCGCAAGGUCAAUGGCGACGAGACCAAGGAUGAGAAUAUAGCCGACGCCGGCGGAUUGAGGCAAGCGCUUUCCGCCUAUCGGAGUUACAUGAAGCAGCUUCGAAGAAGGGACGAGGAUGUCGAGACACUGGCGCCCAAGAACGUGCAGAUGCCUGGCCUCGAUUUGUCGCCGGAACAGCUUUUCUUCCUUGGAUUCGCGCAGCUGUGGUGUGCCGCCUACGAGGAGGAGCACUACUGGGAGGAGCUCAACCAUGAGCAUACAAGCGAUAAGUACCGGGUCCUGGGGGCCGUCUCAAACAACGACGACUUCGCUGAGGUCUACAAAUGUGCGCUGGGCACACCCAUGCAUCCAAAAGAAGAGUCCUGUCGCAUUUGGUAGUCUGAACUCUACCAACAUAAUAUCAAUAAAAAGCUGUAAACUUUCAUAAAAAUGUAGAUAAAGCAAUAAAAGGGUUAAAAGCAAGAAAUUAUACA